AUGGGCUUUUCCGAAGAAAAGACCGCUGUCGAUUCAGACACAUCUCCAACUCUACCGCCCUUUGCGUCUAAAGAUGAAGAAGUCGCAUUGGAUAUUGAUAGUGCCCCGGACGCACCAGGGUUCUGGACCCGGAUGGGAUGCACGCCCGAAUCCUUCAAGAAACGGUCUCUCUCAGACAAACAUAAUCAACUGAAUCAGACCUUGAAAUCUCGCCAUCUGCACAUGAUAGCAAUCGGCGGAAGUAUCGGCGCAGGCUUUUUUGUCGGCUCAGGCGGAGCGUUGUCAAAAGGUGGCCCUGCUAGUGUUGUCAUCGACUUUGCAAUUAUUGGUGUCAUGAUUUUCAAUGUCGUAUUUGCCCUUGGAGAGUUAUCCGUGAUGUACCCCGUAUCCGGCGGUUUCUAUAUAUUCUCAACCAGAUUCAUCGACCCGUCGUGGGGUUUUGCCAUGGGAUAUAACUAUUUGCUGCAGUGGCUCGUUGUCCUACCCCUUGAACUCACCGUGGCCUCAUUAACCAUAAAUUUUUGGAAUGUUGAUGUCAGUGUUGCUGUAUGGAUAACGGUUUUCCUGGUGGCUAUCAUUAUCGUCAACAUCUUUGGCGUCCUAGGGUUUGGAGAAGAAGAAUUCUGGGCGAGCGCACUCAAACUGUCUGCAGUGGUCAUAUUCAUGAUAGUUGCAGUAGUUCUCGUGUGCGGAGGAGGCCCAAAGGAUGGAAUCUAUUCUGAAUAUUGGGGAGCCAGGCUCUGGUACGACCCUGGUGCAUUCCGAAAUGGGUUUAGAGGCUUUUGUUCCGUUUUCGUGACAGCUGCGUUUGCAUUCUUCGGUACUGAGCUGGUUGGACUGGCAGCAGCUGAGAGUGCAACUCCUUUGAAGUCGCUUCCGUCAGCAAUCAAACAAGUAUUUUGGCGGAUUAUUUUGUUUUAUAUCCUUGGGCUUUUCUUCAUCGGGCUUCUAGUCCGGUCUGAUGAUAGCCGCCUACUUGGUGCAAAUCCUUUGAUAGACACCAACGCCUCUCCUUUCGUCAUCGCCGCCGUUGAUGCUGGUCUUAAGGGCUAUGACAGCUUUAUGAAUGUCAUUAUUCUCGUUUCCGUUUUUUCAAUUGGAAACUCGGCAGUCUACGCAGGGUCUCGGACUUUGACAGCCAUAGCCGAGCAAGGAUAUGCACCGCGCAUCUUUUCAUAUGUUGAUCGAGCUGGUCGGCCGCUUGUUUCGACUAGUACGAUUAUCGCAUUCGGUGCUUUGGCAUAUGUCAACGUCACAGCAAGUGGUGUUGAAAUUUUUGACUGGCUCCUUGCACUUUCUGGAUUAACUGCGCUCUUCACCUGGGGAAGUAUUUGCCUUGCUCACAUUCGAUUCCGCGCGGCCUGGGCCUACAACGGCCGUACCGUUGACGAGAUUCCCUUUAAGGCUGCCUUUGGCGUUUGGGGAUCUUGGGUUGGGUUAAUUUUGGUUUUCCUCGUUCUCAUUGCUCAGUUCUUUAUUGCGAUUUGCCCUGUUAGCGGUGGAUAUAACGAUGUGAAGGGUUUCUUCAAAUCGUACCUUGCAUUGCCCGUCGUCUUAUUUUUCUGGGCUUGCGGUUACGCUUGGAAGCGGAAAGGAUGGCUGAGACUCGACGAAAUCGAUAUCGAUACAGGCCGAAGAGAGAUCGACUGGGCCGCCCAAAAUAUGGUUAUAGAGAAGAGAAGGAACGCUCCGUUUCUCAAACGCCUCUAUUAUAAAUUAUUUUAG